CUGAUAGAUGCUAUAUAUCCUGACAUCGAAAACUUACAUCAAAAUGAUUUUCGUUGGCUGUGUUGUAGAGCAAUAGUUUCUCCCAGGAAUGAAACAGUCAAGGAAAUAAACAAUUUAAUUAUGCAGAAAGUACCGGGUGAAGUUAAGUGCUAUAAAUCCAUAGACACCGUCACUAACAUCGAGGACGCAGUGCACUACCCCCAGGAAUUUUUAAAUUCUCUGAACACCGCUGGGCUUCCACCUCAUGAACUGUCGUUAAAAGUUGGCACGCCGAUAAUGCUUCUCAGAAAUUUAAGACCCCCCAACAUGUGUAAUGGCACGAGACUUCUUAUAAAGGAGCUAAAAGAUAAUUUAAUAGUUGCGAAGAUUAUCACCGGCCCUGCAGCUGGUGAAUUAGCUCAUAUACCAAGAAUACCCAUGAUCCCUACUGAUUUGCCUAUACCCUUCAAAAGGCUCCAAUUUCCAGUAAAAAUUUCUUUCGCACUCACGAUAAACAAAUCCCAGGGCCAAACAUUCAAAUUAGUAGGAAUUGAUUUACGAAAAGAAUGUUUUACGCAUGGGCAACUUUACGUUGCCCUAUCACGGGUCGGGGCUCCCGACCAUCAGUAUAUUUUGUUACCAGAAAAUAAUAUAACGUCAAAUGUUGUGUAUAGAGAAGCUCUACAAUAA